UGGCGCCAUGUGGUCGGUGGGUUCGGCCUACAGUUUUAUUUCGCCGCUGUCGUGCUGAAGCUGACACCGAUCUUCCAACUCUUGACCGACGUGGGCCACUUCUUCAGGCAGUUUCUCAACUUCAGCAAUUCUGGAGCGAAAUUUCUAUUCGACAACAUGGAGGGUCAAUGCUUCGCUUUUCAGGUUCUCCCAGUGAUUAUCUACUUCUCUACUUGUCUGAACGUGCUGCACUACCUGGGAUGGCUGGAGGCGGUCAUCACACGAGUCGCCCUGCUCAUCAAACUCACCCUCCGAGUCACGGGAGUUGAAGCUUUGUGCGCGGCAGGGAACAUCUUCGUUGGCCAGGGUGAAGCCCCCAUCUACAUCCGGUCUUUCUUGGCCAGCAUGACCAAGUCUGAGAUCCACGCUGUCAUGGUAACCGGCUUCGCUACUAUCUCGUGUGACGUCAUGGCGGCCUACGUCACACAGGGGAUUUCACCGGUCCAUCUAAUUACCGCAACAGUGAUGAACGCACCUGCCUCACUGGCCGUAUCAAAGAUUUUGUAUCCAGAGCUUGGGCGUAGCAAAGUGUGCAGGCAACAAGAAAAACUUCAAGUGACACAGGUUUACACUAACAUCAUGGAAGCUGCCAUAGGUGGCGCUGCUUCUGUUGUCUCAUUGGUUGCCAGCAUCACCGCCCACCUGAUCACGUGGGUCUCCGUGCUGUAUUUCAUCAAUCACGUGAUCGCCUGGUUGGGGAACAUCGUCUGUUACAAUGGCCUUGACUUUGAGAUGAUCUGUGGCACCCUCCUCCAGCCCCUGGUCUACUUGAUGGGGGUCGAGUGGGAAGACGCCGCUCUUGUGGCCCAGCUGUUUGUCAUCAAGACUUGUAUCAAUGAAUUUGUGGCUUACGAGAGACUGGCCACGAUGAUCAAAACACGGACCCAUUGUCUUGAUGGCCCUAAGUUAAAGGUUUGCUUCUGACAGAUUUACCCCCAAACUCAUCAUGUGAGGGUCAAGGUCAACCGAAAAACACAUCAUUCUGACGAUCAAGGUCAACUGAAAACCACAUCAAUGUGAGGGUCAAGGUCAACUGAAAAACACAUCAAUGUGAGGGUCAAGGUCAACUGAAAAACAUAUCAAUGUGAGGGGAACAAUGGUGCUGCAAAGACUAUUUUUAUGUGAUGUAAUUUACUUAAGUGUGUAAUGUCAGUACACAUGCACAAGUGAACCUAUUUCAGUACCCAGUACAGUCUAUUCCCCAGUAUAUGUGUACAUAAAUAAUGUCCUUACAGUCUAUUCCCCAUUAUAUGAGUACAUAAAUAAUGUCCUUAGUCUAUUCCCCAGUAUAUGUGUACAUAAAUAAUGUCCUUAGUCUAUUCCCCAGUAUAUGUGUACAUAAAUA